AUGAUUAUCGAUGCACAGUGUGUAGGCGGUGAGAAAACAUUGAAAAGUGGGAAGAAUCCAAAUUUGGUGACCCAUUUGCCGGGGCAACCUAAAGUAGGGUUUAAUCACUAUUCAGGUUAUGUGACUGUGAAUGAAGAAAAUGGAAGAGCUCUCUUCUAUUGGUUCUUUGAGGCGGCUACUUUCAAAGAGAAAAGGCCUUUGGUCCUAUGGCUUAAUGGAGGUCCAGGGUGUUCAUCUGUGGGUUAUGGAGCAACACAAGAGAUUGGACCUUUCCUUGUUAAUGAAAAUGGUGCUGGACUUUCUUUCAAUAAGUACUCAUGGAACAAAGAAGCCAAUUUACUGUUUUUGGAGUCUCCAGUGGGGGUGGGAUUUUCCUACUCUAAUAAAUCAUCUGACUACAAGAUUUUAGGAGAUAACAUCACUGCUGAGGAUUCAUAUGUUUUCCUCCAAAACUGGUUUGCAAUUUACCCCCAGUAUAGAACACACGAGUUCUACAUUACAGGGGAAAGCUAUGCAGGGAAAUAUGUUCCUGAGCUUGCAGAACUCAUGUACGAUAAAAAUAAAAUCUCUUCUAAGAGUCAUUAUAUAAAUCUCAAAGGUUUCAUGGUGGGCAAUCCUGAAACACAUGAUGCUCAUGAUUGGCGAGGUCAAAUGGACUAUGCAUGGAGCCAUGCAGUUGUAUCGGAUGAAACCCACAAAAUCAUCACAGAGAACUGUGAUUUUGAUUCUGACAAUAAAUGGGACAACCAAAACUGUACAAAUGCAGUAGAUGAAGUUUUUGCUCAGUACGAUGAGAUAGACAUGUAUAGUCUGUACACUCCUAAAUGUAUUCACUCAAACACAACAAAACAUGCAAGACAUGGGGGGGACCAGUUCAAGUAUACAAGUAACAAGAUGAUGAGGAGGAUAUAUGAUGGAUAUGAUCCUUGUCUUGAUGACUAUGCCGCAGUGUAUUACAACAGAUAUGAUGUUCAGAAAGCUCUUCAUGUCAUCAAUGGCUCACACCUUAGAAAUUGGAGCAUAUGCAACAAUGAUAUCUUCAAUGAGUGGACAGAGUCUCGAGCAUCUGUAUUGCCGGCCUAUAUUAAGCUUAUGGAGGGGGGUCUCCGGAUAUGGGUUUACAGUGGAGACACAGAUGGGCGGGUUCCAGUACUAUCAACAAGAUACAGUCUAAAUGCUCUGCAACUUCCCAAAAUAGGUCCUUGGCGGCCAUGGUAUCAUCGUGGGCAGGCAAGUGGGUGGAUUCAAGAAUAUGAGGGCUUGACAUUUGCCACGUUUAGAGGUGCUGGGCAUGCAGUGCCACUUUUUAAACGAGGAGAAGCUUUGGCUUUCUUCAGCUCAUUUCUUUCAGGGACGGCUCUGCCUAAUCAAAGACAGUGA